UUCGGUGGCGAAAGUAUACGAGAAACGUAUCAUCUAUCAUUUCUCAUCUCUCGUCGUAUCUUUCCUCUCUUCAUUCUUCUGAUUCUUAUUCUCAUCCCCUUCUUCUCUCUCUGUCACAGGAGUUAACAGAUUCUUCAUCUGCAAAGAAAACGAAAGAAGAUUUAUCGAAUUAGUAUCGCCGCCAUUGGAGACAAGCGAGGAAGAUGAUAUCUAGGUCGUACACGAAUCUAUUAGACUUGGCUUCAGGGAACUUCCCUGUAAUGGGGAGAGAGCCGCGCAGGCGGCUCCCCAGGGUCAUGACAGUCCCCGGAAACGUCUCCGAGUUCGACGACGAUCAAGCUUACAGCGUCUCCUCGGACAACCCCUCCUCCGUCUCCUCCGACCGUAUGAUCAUCGUCGCCAAUCGCCUCCCCUUGAAGGCCGAGAGGAGAAACGGGAGCUGGAGCUUCACCUGGGACCAAGACGCGUUGUAUCUCCAGCUCAAAGACGGUUUGCCUGAGGAUAUGGAGGUGCUAUACGUCGGCUCUUUGAGCGUUGACGUUGAGUCGUAUGAGCAGGAUGACGUGGCGCAGAUACUGUUGGAUAAGUUUAAAUGCGUUCCCACUUUCCUCCCGCCUGAUUUGCAGUCAAAGUUCUACGACGGGUUUUGCAAGAGGCAGCUGUGGCCGCUCUUUCACUACAUGCUUCCCUUUACGGCUGAUCACGGCACGAGGUUUGAUAGGUCGCUUUGGGAGGCUUACGUGGCGACGAACAAGCUCUUCUUCCAGAAGGUUAUCGAGGUAAUAAACCCUGAUGAUGAUUACGUGUGGAUUCAUGACUACCAUUUGAUGGUCUUGCCUACUUUCCUGAGAAGACGGUUUAACCGGAUCAGGAUGGGUUUCUUCCUCCAUAGUCCGUUCCCUUCGUCAGAGAUAUACAGGUCUCUCCCUGUUCGUGAAGAGAUCCUCAAGGCGCUGCUAAACAGUGACCUUAUUGGCUUCCACACGUUUGACUACGCUCGUCACUUCCUCACUUGCUGCAGUCGGAUGCUGGGUCUUGAGUAUCAGUCCAAGAGGGGAUACAUUGGUCUGGAGUAUUACGGUAGGACUGUGGGGAUAAAGAUCAUGCCUGUGGGGAUCAACAUGGGUCGGAUUCAGUCGGUUAUGAGAUAUUCAGAGGAGGAAGGCAAGGUGAUGGAGCUUAGAAAGCGUUACGAAGGCAAGACAGUGUUGCUUGGUAUUGAUGACAUGGAUAUCUUCAAAGGCAUAAACUUGAAGCUUUUAGCGAUGGAGCAAAUGCUUAAUCAGCACUCUAAUUGGAGGGGAAGGGCUGUUUUGGUUCAGAUUGUGAAUCCUGCUAGGGGUAAAGGUAUUGAUAUAGACGAGAUACGCGGCGAGAUUGAAGGAAGCUGCAAGAGGAUCAACGAAGAGUUUGGGAAGCCUGGUUAUCAGCCUAUCGUGUAUAUUGAUACUCCGGUGUCAGUAAAUGAGAUCAUUGCUUAUUACCAUAUCGCUGAGUGUGUAGUCGUUACAGCCGUUAGAGAUGGUAUGAACCUUACUCCCUAUGAAUAUAUAGUGUGCAGACAGGGUCUGCUCGGGUCUGAAUCAGAUUUUAAUGGUCCAAAGAAGAGCAUGUUGGUCGCGUCGGAGUUUAUUGGGUGUUCUCCUUCGCUUAGUGGAGCUAUAAGGGUAAACCCAUGGAACGUGGAAGCGACCGGAGAAGCUCUGAACGAGGCCCUCUCGAUGCGUGAUCCUGAGAAACAACUCCGACAUGAGAAACACUUCCGGUACGUUAGUACUCACGACGUUGCCUUUUGGUCGAGGAGUUUCCUGCAAGACCUGGAGAGGAUAUGCGUGGACCAUUUCAAGAAGAGGUGUUGGGGGAUGGGGAUUAGUUUCGGUUUCAGAGUUGUGGCACUCGAUCCUAACUUUAGAAAGCUUUCGAUACCAUGCAUUGUGUCGGACUACAAAAGGGCGAAAAGCAGAGCGAUAUUGUUGGAUUAUGACGGCACUUUGAUGCCUCAGAACUCCAUCAAUAAAGCUCCCAGCCAGGAAGUUCUUAAGUUCUUGAAUGAACUUUGCGAGGACAAGAAGAAUUCGAUUUUUAUUGUCAGCGGAAGAGGAAGGGAAAGCUUAGGCACAUGGUUUUCUCCGUGCGAAAACAUUGGAAUUGCAGCUGAGCAUGGAUACUUCUUAAAGUGGCCAGGGAACAAAGAAUGGGAAACAUGUGGUCAGAGCUGUGAUUUUGGUUGGAUGCAGAUCGUGGAGCCUGUAAUGAAACAGUACACGGAAGCUACGGAUGGUUCUUCUAUUGAAAUUAAAGACAGUGCUCUGGUUUGGCAAUAUAGGGAUGCGGAUUCCGGCUUUGGUUCUUUGCAAGCGAAGGAAAUGUUGGAGCAUUUAGAGAGUGUUCUAGCUAAUGAGCCUGUUGCAGUCAAAAGCGGCCACUACAUCGUAGAAGUCAAGCCUCAGGGAGUGAGCAAAGGAUCAGUGGCAGAGAAGAUAUUUUCAUCAAUGGAUGAGAAAGGAAAACCUGUCGAUUUCGUGCUAUGUAUUGGAGAUGACAGAUCAGACGAGGACAUGUUUGAAGCGAUUGGUAAUGCCAUGUCGAAAAGAUUGCUCUGUGACAAUGCUCUCGUCUUUGCAUGCACGGUUGGGCAAAAGCCAAGCAAGGCUAAAUAUUAUUUGGACGAUACUAUGGAAGUGACAAGCAUGCUUGAAUCUCUAGCUGAAGCAUCAGAGGCUUCGAACUUCUCUAUGCGUGAACUUGAUGAAGCCCUUUGAUUUUGGAAACCAGAGUCUUCUUUGCUCAGGAUGUUGAAGUAACAAGCAAAACCAUUUCCUGAUCUUUGCUUCUUUUUUUUUUAAAUAUAUUUUUAUAUUGCCACUAUUUUUAUUGUAAUUGAAUGAUCUUGAGAAACUAUGAAUUUGGAUUCAGCUGUUUAUUGGAACUGUGAUAAAAAUGUUAUGCAGAGACUGGUUAACUUGCGUGGACACCA